GAAUCUUGGCUCCAUGUUUUAGUUUGACUAUGUAAUGAGUAUUGUUAUUAUAACUCUUAAUCAGUUUGACGAAGUUGUUUGAAUAAUGUUUGGCGCAACGCCAGGCUCGUCAGAUUACAGUCCACGUGGAACUGGUGCCGCUUCUUCAUCCAGCUCUCUGACAACCGCUUUGAAUUCGCAUGGACCAGGUGCACGGAGCCAAAUGUCACCAAAUGAUUUAAGUGGUGUCAGCCGGCACGGAUCGAUGUCUUCGGCGGAUGGAAAAAGAACAACAGAAUGCGAAAACUGUGUACAUUUGCAGAACCAAAUGCUAAGAUUCAAAGAACAAGUUGUUGUCAUAAGGGGAAACCUUGGAAACAGAAUGGCUGGUCUCGAAAAUCAGCUCAAGGAAGCCGUGGACAAAGAAAGGCUCGCUAAUGAAAAGCUGAUGAAAGCCGAAGAGGAAAACCGGUUUCUUAAGAAGCAGAGGACAGACACAGAAAAAUCUAGUUUCGAAAUGAAACAAGAAAUAAAGCAAUUGUAUGAAAUGCAAUUGAGCGAAAAUAAAAGACACAUUGAAAGUUUGGAAGCCAAAUUGCAGCAUGCUGAAACGCAACUUGAAAGUUUCAAAUUGGGUGUGCGACUAAGCCUCGACGAGACUCCUUCAACUACACGCAAACCAACUACUACUUCCAGUAACACUUCUUCAGAGGUUCUAAACAUGCCUCUUUCCUUGACAGACGAGCCAGAUUUGGCGCCUACGAUUCCGGAAAGGCCCGCAUCUACUUGGAGAAGCUCGGUGCUCCAAACUACUUCUACUCCCAAUGCAAACCAGGGGCCGAAAUUCAUCAACGGAAGCAAUGUAUCAGCUGUGCACGAAGAUGCAAGCAACCGCUUGAGCAACGAUGAUUAUGAUAUAGUUCACGACGAUGAGCGAGAUGUUUUCUUUGACACCCGUCAAUCAAUUACUCUGAAUCCAGACGAUGUCCCCAGUACUCAAUCGGGCGUUCCUCCUCCAGAGCGACCAGUGCAUAAAUAUCCUAAAUGGGAGGAGCAGGUGUACAACAGCAUUAAAAACUCUGGCUUUGUUUUGAACCAACCCUCUCAUGAUCUCGGUAUGCUUCCAGUUGACAAGAAUCCUCUCAAGUUUCCCCAGGGAAUGUCUACUGUAUGCAAUGAAAUCGAAAAGUCAUUUGAGGAUAAAACACAAGUGGUUCCCCAGAUGUACGCCAGUGUGGCCGGAGUGGCUUUCCAGUUGAGCGAUUACCCCUCGGACACCUGGGCUAGACUGUCUCUGUAUGCCGUGGAUCCCCACUCCGCCAGCAGUGACGGAAUCACAGUGGCAAAGGAGAAGGACAGCAUAAGAGAUGAAGAAGCUGGGCCUGGGGAUGGUAGAGUGGACUCGCCCUCGAAGCAACAGAGUUCUUCUGCGGCCACAUCAUCCCUUGCAGGAUUCAGAUUGGUGGGCGAUGAUUGGAACAGUGCACAGGCAUCUGACGCGGACUAUUGCAUCCCACCAGACGCUAUUCCAGAGGACAUCGAGAACCGAGACUACAUCAAAGAGUCCGAUCUGGACUUGAUUCUGUCCAAGUCCAGUACCAUGAACUCCCUGGACAACCAAUUGACGUCAGUGGCCAAUGCGGAACUACUAACUGGAUACCUUCAGGUGGUGACUGAAGAAAUGAGUAAGAGUAGCUAUGCCUCAAUGGUGAGCCAAGACUUGCCCAAGUCAGUACUGACGAGAUCCUCUUUGAGUGUGCUAGGAGCAAACAACAAGUCUAUCUGUUUGGGGCUUGAGAACAUAAAGAGUGUAGGAGUGAUACCUCAAGGCAACGGAAGACUGUUUAAAGUCACCUUUCAUGACGACUACUCGGCAGUUUUGUGCAGUGAGAAUAGCAAGAGCUGUGAGCAGUGGGUUUGCGAAGUAAACAAAGCCCUGCUGCAGAAACCACUGAAGGGACAGCAUAUAUCGAUGGACGCGCCGGUAAUCAUGAAAUCAUGGCUGUGUCACAUAAGAAAUGGACGCAAGAUUGACGUUUGGGCCAUUUUGUCAGACAAUCAAUUGCAUUUAUAUGCUUCCCAGAAAGACAAACGACCUUCUGAAAGCAUCAAUCUUAUUGGCGCUUCGCUUUUCGAAUGUGUAGUGAAUGAGAAUCAAAUUUCAGAGACAGGUGAUCAUUCAUUAUUGACAUCUGACAACCGAUUCUCAGGAAGAUCUAGCUCGGGAGCGGGAUCCGUUACAUGUACGAAAGACUUGGACGGUUUCAUGUUGGUAAUCAUUGCUCAAAAAGCAAACCCAGUUUUCAUCGUUUCAAAAACGCAGGAUGAAUUAAUUGAGUGGAAGUACCAAUGUGAAUUAUGUAGUGGAGGUGGAAUUCCGUCCUCAGGGUCAGUUUUUGAGCAAGCUAUUUCGCAGUUGAUGCGCAACCCGUCCGAGUCUCAGUUAUGGAGCUCGCCGCCGUUCGCAUAUGAGCAUGGAUUCCGUGAAGAGCGGUUCGAACCUCUGACAAGUCUGAAAGCGCCUUCGGAGAUUGACAAUGCAGAGAAGAUGUGGAAGUUGUUCCUGAGGUGUCUUAAGUGGAAAUAUGAUACAAGGAAUAACAUGCAAGCGGCUGCCUCAGAUGGAUACUUUGUGUCGCAAGUGCAAACAGCUUUUAGAACAUGUCUUCCAGAACCGAAUUUACACAACGAGGCGUGCUGUCAACUCGUGCGUCUGUGUAAUACUAAAGACUUCCCUACAUACUCAGUGACCGCAUUUCAACUACUCAGCCUGUUUGUGGUUCUAACUCAACCCAAAACUGCUUAUUUAUGGCUACUGAAACAGUUUCUAAGCCGGGUCGCAUCGAAUAAAACUGUCGAGGGGAAAUAUGCUCUGUACUGCUUGAGAAUGUUGUCCAGACCCAAAAAUAUAAAUCAAGCUAAACGACGGUACCCACCCUCGAGUCUGGAAGUGCAGUCUAUCACCCAGCAUAAUCCGCAUGACGUAACUCAACCAAUGGCGGUUCCAGUCAACCUGCCAGAUGGGGCGACACAUUAUGCCGGCUGUGAUGGAACAAUGACUGUAGACCAGUUUUUGUACCAGUUGUGUCUGAGUCUGGACAUAAGAGAGCCAGCGAUAUCCGGCUAUGCGUUGUAUGUGUCGAGUCCCUUGAGUAUUACUCCUCACCACGCAGCGCAACAGGCCCCGAAUAAUUACGUGGAGUACAGAUUGGCGCCUCACUUGAUAGUUUCGGAUGUGAUCUCGAGAUAUGAGAUGAUCGCGAAGAGUCACCUGGCGUCCCAGGGAAUGACGCCAACUCCGACCGACUUCUUGAUGAGAUUCCAUUUGAAAAACCGGUUUUCGUGGAGACUGCUACAGCAAGGGGAAACGGAUAGGGAGAGAAUAUUCUCAGUGUACAACUACGCCAGCCAAGUGUCCAACAGUCUAGUCCCUGUCAGUCGAGACCUCGCGAACUACUUGACCGGACUGAUGACCUUCAUAGAACUGGGCGAGUUCAAUGUUCACGUGAGCAAACACACUCUGGGCAUUAAGAUUUCUGAAAUCAUCAGGCAGUAUUAUCCCAGAGCCUACCUGCAGUCAUUGGACAGUCCGGCACUUAAUUUAUUAAGUGUUACCAUUCAGAAUUAUUGGAGCGAAGUUACGAAUGCGAGAGCCCAGGCACAUGACUGUAUUCGAACUUACCUAACCGCUGUCAGAUCUUGGAAGUUCCAUGACUGUAAAUUCAUACCGCUGACCCGAUCCAAGGAAAAGGAUUUGGCUAUUUUAUCAGUCGGGGAAUCUGGAAUUGCCCUGCUGAAGAUUGUCUCUUUUGAAGUGAUAUUUUUCUUCUCAAUUUCAGCACUUCUGUCAUUUGGAAGUCGUAAAAACAAACUUUAUUUGUCGUUCAAUUCUGAAGGCAACACACGAAGGUUUGAGCUGCUGGGAACUUACGCGCAAGUUUUUGAAGCUAGCAGUUCUAUAGCGGAAUACGUGAACGAACUGAAUUGGCUAAGACGACACGUGAUUGAAUAUACGAGGUCUUCCGACUUGUCUUCUAGUGGGGCGGGAAACAACGCGAAUUCGGCGAAUGACUCAAAUGGCAAUAUUGGGAAACAUGACUCGCUGAUGGUACUGCGAUGUUGAUUGAUUGAGUUAGUAGGGGCACGGUAAAUUAGUCUGAUUGAAAUCUUGCCGCAAAAAUGAGCGCCAGCAAAAUAUAACAAUGAAUCUAGCCAAAUAAGCCAUCAAAUGGCUUAAAGAUCACA